AUGGGUUAUUACUUAACUGAUGGUAUUUACCCAAAAUAUGCAACUCUUGUUCAAACCAUUGCUCAUCCCACCACUGCGAAAGAAAAAUUAUUUGCGGCAAAACAAGAAUCAGUUAGAAAAGAUGUGGAGCGUGCAUUUGGUGCUCUACAAAUUAAAUGGGGUAUAACGCAAGGACCUGUUCGAUAUUGGUCAAAAGAGGAUAUAUGUAAUAUAAUGAAAACAUGCAUUAUACUCCAUAACAUGAUUAUAGAAGAUGAACUCGGAACUGACCUCGAACCAUGGGCACCACUUCCAGAAGAGAAUUUUCGCCCCCUUCAAUAUGAACGAGAUCCAUCGAUUUUGGCAGCCUAUAUCUCAGCACGUCUUAGUCGGAUCCGCAAUCGACGAACCAAUGAAGAUUUGAGAUCUGAUUUAAUGAACCAUUUGUGGAAUAUCUACGGAGAAGAAGAUGUCUAA